AGCCUCCUGCGGCAAUGGAGGCGGGAGAAGCAGUCUCCUAGCACCCCAGGAGGUGGUGGAAGUGCCUGCUGCGGGCCGCCCAGCCUUCGCGGGCAGCCCCGGGCUCCCUUGCCAGGCGCUCUUGCUGCGCCCUCCCGCAGCUUCCUCCAGCCUAAAACUCUGCUGCUGCACCCCACCGCUGCCGGGGGCAGGGAGGGGCAGGGGCUUCCUUGGAACUGAGGGUGCUGAAAGGACAGCUCCACUCAUUUCAGAAGCUCCCCCAAACUAUUGGGCGGGGCUGUACCGAAGUCCCACUGGGCGCCAGCUUUCGGCUGAGGGUCGGGAAAGGCUUCUUUCACUCCCCCUCUCUGUCUCGCCCAACCCCUGCUGCUUCGCCCCCCACCGGGUUCGUCGGCUAGUCUGGAGGCGGCUCCCGAGCCCCCCUUGCGACUGGCGCGGGAAAGACAGUUUUCCUCCCCUGAGCUCGAGCCAGAGGGCUCCUCUAGGAGGGUAGCUUUCUUUGCCUGUGCCCUGGAGAGGGCUCCCCUUCACUCCAAUCACACGCAUCUCAGCCUCCUCCCCUGUGUUAUAUUGAGGAGAUAACGACUUUUCUCUUCCCCUUUUGCCCGAACCCCCUUAAGAUUCCUCCCAACACCGGGCUCAGGGAGCCCGAGUGCUUUUAGGCUGCGGUGGAGCUAGAGGGAGAGAUCCCCGAGCUUCAGAGACGGGAGCUCAGUUAGCUGUGAAAGGCACCCAGUCCAGGCAACAGACAAAGGCCACAAUCAAUAAUAGCCACCCCACAGGCGCCUGUGGAACAAGGGGACUUCAAGGUGAUUGCACCCAUUAUUCCUUCGCAGAGAAAGGGACUAACGCCUGGAGCUCGGACCCAGAACUUUUCCUUGGUCUGCUAGGAAGGCCUGGCUCCUUUUAGCCCCAAGAAAAGUUUCCACAGACACCUAGGGUCUUUUAUUUCUCUCACACUUUUUUUUUCUGAAGUUCGGCGGAAUAGUCCGAGGGAGGGAGAGGACACGAGCAUCUGUCUGUUGUCUAAUUGUCCGGAAGAGAAUCCGCCAAGAGCGUGUAGCACCAAGCCCACUGGCAGUGAAAGGGUUAGCUGCUUGGUGUUGAUUGUUUGAGUUCUUGAAGCAGGGUGAGGGGGAAGAGGGCGGGAGCCAAAGGGGCAUUUUAAUUUCCACGCCUGACACAGAAAUUCAUUUUUGCAAAGAAAGAGCCAUAUCCAGCAGCUUGGGGUGAUGGAUCGGACUGAGACCUGUCGCUAGAGAUUCUGGAGAGGGCUUCCUUCCCUUUCGGAAUGUAAUCUAGGAUGCUCAUUCUCAGGUUGCUCAAUGUGGUAGCCCCAGUCUACUUCUUGUGCAUCUCCCUGGUGACCUUCAUCCUGCAGCUCUUCCUCUUCCUCCCCAACAUGUUCAAGGACCCCACAAUCACCCCUCUCUUCUCUCCGGCUCUGCUACAUGGGGCUCUCUUUCUCUUCCUUUCUGCCAAUGCUCUGGGUAACUACAUCUUGGUGAUUCAGAACUCACCUGAAGAUCUGGGUACUCGCAAGAAUGUGGGGACUAAAGGAGCAGGCAGCCCUUCUGAGUGGCCAGAAGCAGGCAGGAAGACCUCAUCUUCCUCACAGAGCACCCACUUUUGCAGGCUCUGUGCUAGGGUGACCCUGAGACACGACCAUCACUGUUUCUUCACAGGAAACUGCAUCGGAAGCAGAAACAUGCGAAACUUCAUCAUGUUUUGCCUCUAUACUUCCUUGGCUUGUCUCUACUCCAUGGUAGCUGGAGUGGCCUACAUCUCUGCAGUACUCUCCAUCUCCUUUGCCCACCCUUUGGCCUUCCUCACACUCCUGCCUCAUUCCAUUAGCCAGUUUUUCUCAGGAGCUGUCCUUGGUUCUGAAAUGUUCGUCAUCCUCAUGCUAUACCUCUGGUUUGGGAUUGGACUGGCCUGUGCUGGCUUCUGCUGCCAUCAACUUCUGUUGGUGCUUAGGGGACAGACCCGACACCAGGUGCGGAAGGGAAUGGUGGUUCGUGCCCGUCCCUGGAGGAAGAAUCUGCAGGAGGUCUUCGGAAAGAGAUGGCUCCUGGGCCUUCUGAUCCCCAUGCUCAAUGUGGGGAGCGAAUACCCUCGACACAAGGGCAAAUAAUCAUUCUGCCCUACUUGGCUUGCUCUCUCUCAAUCCUCCCUUUUCUUUAUCUCUAUCCCUGCCUGAACACAGGCAUAUUUUCUCACUUCUACUCGUGAUACACUAGAAUACUCAGCAGUAGGGAAAGGUCAAGUCAAUUCUCAGCAUCCCAACCUACAAUCAAGUAAAUAGGUAGUAUUAAAUAGAGGACCAGCUGUCACUCAGUAGAGAGGAAAUUCAAUAGCCCAGAAUUCUGAUACUUAUAUCAGUAGAAAAACAAAUUGACAAGAUAUCCAUGAAUUUCCUUAGGACUGAUUCCCACUGCUCUUGGAACUUCUUUUUAGGUCCUCUCUUCUCUCCUCACCCCCAAUUUCCCAGUCCCUCUGUAUUUCACUCAUAAAAAUUAUAUAUGAUGUCAUUAACAAGGUAUACUCCUCUCUGUGUAGUCUUCCUCCAGUACCUUGAUGAGGGCAAGGUUGGAGAAUGAUGGAUUACUGAGACUGGUGCAAGUCUUAGAAUGACCUUGGAUGCAAUGAGAAAUGUUUAAAAAUAAAAUAUAUGAGGCCAAGCAAUUGCUAGCCCCUAUUCUGUCAGCAACAAGAAAGACUAGGCAAAUUUUAGAAACAUUAAUACAAAACCAAAACAUUAAUAUAGUGAUUUAAAGUUUAUAAAGAACUUUGCAUCUCAUUCGAAACUUACAGCAACACUAUUAGGUAGGUACUACAGAUGUUAUUAUCCCAAUUUCACAAAUAGGGAAACUGAAGCUCCAAAUUGCUUCUUCAAUGUUAAUUCUGGAAAGAAUCAUAGAGACCAUGUAAUCCAAUUUCUUUUUGUAGAAAAUAGUUCCAGAGAUUUCCCAUACCAUUAGUCAGUGGCAAAUUGGUACUAUAACCCAGAUCUCCUGAUUCUUAGUCCAUUCACUCCAUGCCCUCUCUCCCUUAGAAUAAAAUGUAAGAGUGAUUCAGUUACUCCUUUUUAUAACGCAUCAAGGUGACAGCAGAUGGUUUUAUAUUUUUACUUUCUGAUCAGCCAGCUUUCCUGCCUACCCUACCCCACCCUGUCUCUGCUAUUCACCACAAUUCAGAGCCUAGUGAUCAAUUUGAUUUUAAAGCCAAUUACUUCUCAUCCACCUGGCUUCUUUCCAACUCUUCUUGCUUGGUUGGCAUCCAGGAAGACAAGGACAGUAGUCAUAAAGAUAAAAAGGAGCAAUGGAGUUAGAAAGGUGUGUCAGGAUAUUUAAUGACUGUGUAUGUUGGGCCAGUAACAUGGACUGCAGUAUGUUGGGGUCAACAGUGAAAGAGACUGAGGUAAAAACAAAAAGAAUGUUUUAUGAAUGAGAGCUUAUUGUUAGAGAGGGAAACUCAUCAAAGAAACCUUAUAGCACAUAUAUAAAGGAUCAUAUGCAAAUAGGAUUCCAGAGCUGGAAGGAUUCUUAAAGUUUGUAUAGUUCAACCACAUCAUGUCAUAGAGGAGGAAACAAGUCCAAAGAAGUGGCAGAGCUUGCUUAAAGUAAUACAAGGACAUGACAGAGCCAGAAAUCAAAACAAGAUUUUCUGACUCCAAAUCCAGUGCACAUUAUUCUAUAACUCAUUUCAAUUUACUGUAACAAAGAUUGUUUGAAUUCUGAUGCUUUCCCCCACAAUGGAAUGGGGUGCCUUGUGGUGUAUUAGUUUUUCUAUCUUUAGAAGUAUUCAAGAGAAGCUGGAUGAAUUAGUGUCAAAGAUUAGGUCAUUUGACCAUUUAGUUCUAUCAGAACCUGUAGUAAACCUUAAAGGGUAGAAUAAAUAGUAGGUUAGAACUAACAUGGAGAUUUUUGUUAACAAGCUAAAUAAGGGAGAAUCAUUGAGUAGGAAGUCUUUGUUUCUGGCAACCAAGUAUUCUAUGAAUCUAAGGAUAUCUGACCUCAAUUGUGUGUAUUAGAUUAGAGAUGGGGAAUAAAAAUUUGAAAUCUUGACCCUCUCCUGAUUCUACAGAACCCUGGCCAGCUCCUUCCAAGCUAUGAAGCUGGUGAUAUGUUUUUGUGGAGUCUGAAGGCAUAUUGGGAGUGUCAGUGUAGAAUAAUCUAAGAAAGGAAGUGGGUCAGGUGAAAUUUACGGAGACAAAAGUCUGAUUCCCAUCAAUAAGAGGUGUGGAGGAAUCAAGUGACACUUAUAUACAUGGUACUGUAUUUUCAACAAUGAGUGACAAUAAAUGUUUGGUUUUUAAAAAUUUA